GCUCCAUCGCCGACCUCAUUGUCCCCACAAAAGACAUCCCCUUCCGCGAUUUAACGAUUAGAAGACGUUACUUGACGACAAUUCAUCAUCGUCAAUACAUACGCUUUCGAUCCCAUCUUCCCUCGAACGAGCCACAACCUAUCCGGGUCAUCAGCAACCGCUCGAUCCAUUGACACAUCGCAUCUCACAGACCGUGUAGCCUGUCAGGACAGUAGCUACUCGUGCUUACGGAUAUACCGCCCGCUUAAUAUCAUCUACUCGUCUCUUUAUCUCUUUUCACAUUCGCUAUGGAUCACUCCAGAGAUCCCUGCCCCUGGGUGGCCCUGAGUGAUUUCGGUGGUGCUUUCUGUAUGGGUGCAAUUGGUGGUGCAGUAUGGCACGGUAUCAAGGGUUUCAGAAACAGCCCCUACGGAGAGCGUCGGAUAGGAGCAAUCACAGCCAUCAAGGCUCGCGCGCCUGUCCUCGGUGGUAACUUCGGUGUGUGGGGUGGUAUGUUCUCGACAUUCGACUGUGCAAUCAAGGGAAUCCGGAAGAAGGAGGACCCUUACAAUGCUAUUAUCGCUGGUUUCUUCACUGGUGGUGCUUUGGCUGUCCGUGGUGGUGUGAAGGCUGCCAGAAACUCCGCCAUCAUGUGUGCUGUUUUCCUGGCUGUCAUUGAGGGUGUCGGUAUUGGUUUCCAGAGAAUGAUGGCAGACAACACAAAACUAGAGCUCCCUCCUGCUCCCCCAUCUGGCGACAAGGUCGCUGCAUAAAUCAACCCCCAGCUACGAUCCCUCCUUCCCGAAUCCGAUCCAUAUGCUACAUUAUUAUCACGUAUCUCUCUUCUCAGGUGUUGGGUGUGGUCAUCAUUUCUGGGGGCAUACUAUAGAGGUUGCUAUUCCUAUUGUGCUUCUAUCCCUGCUCUUAAUCCUCUUGUAUUGUUUUAGCCUGGUUUGUUGGAGUGCACAGCAUUGCAUUCGCAUGUUCAUUACGUUGAUGGGGGGAAAAGAAUCUUCGACGCCGGUCUUGGGGUUUCCAAGGCUGGACUUUCUUGUAUAUUAACUUCCGAUAAAUGGUAUAAUGUGAUAUCAGUCUCCUAUACA